UCCGCGUGUCUGCCUGCGCAUCCAACCAUUCCAGCGGCCGUCACGCGUUCACGCGUCCAGUUGCGCCUGCCUACCGAGAUACACACUCGUCUCGUCGGUUCGUUUUCACGUCUAGCCGCGGAUGACAGCUGCACUGCGCCUGAUUCGCGCAAGGAUUUCUCCGGAGACGCGGACGUCAUCUACUGGCAGCAACCAUGAUGAACCCGGCGCACAUACCACCAGGGCUCGAGUACCUUGGCAUGAUCGACCAGAUCAUCAUCAAGCAGAAAGUGCAGCUUCUCGAAGUGUUCACCGGCUUUGAGACAGCGAACAAGUACGCCAUCAAAAACAGCAUGGGCCAAGACAUUUUCUACGCCGUUGAAGACACCGACUGCUGCACCCGCAACUGCUGCGGCCCUAUCCGGCCGUUCGGCAUUAAGGUGCUGGACAACUUCAAGCGCGAGGUCAUGUACAUCGAACGGCCGCUACGAUGCGACAGCUGCUGGUUCCCCUGCUGCCUACAGACCAUGGAAGUGAUGGCGCCGCCGGGAACGACCAUCGGUUACGUGGUCCAGGAGUGGAGCAUCAUCUACCCGCGGUUCCGCAUCGAGAACGCCAUGCACGAGACGGUGCUGCGCAUCGAGGGGCCCGCCUGUCGCUGGAACUGUUGCUGCGGAGACGUCGUCUUCCACGUCCUUUCAAAGGAUGGUCAGACGCAAGUCGGAAGGAUUUCUAAGCAGUGGUCCGGUCUGUUAAAGGAAGCCUUUACGGACGCAGAAAACUUCGGCAUCUCGUUCCCAAUGGACAUGGACACGAGUAUCAAGGCAGUGCUCAUCGGCGCAGCCUUUCUCAUCGACUUCAUGUUCUUCGAGAAGCAGGCCAAUGAAGAACAAGAUUGCUUUGGGAUGUUUUAAAAGGGACCGCAUGAAACGCGUUGAAGUGAAAGGAUAAUCGCGCGCAAUCUUUUUGUUUCGUUUUCAUGUAGCAAUUGCGCAAAAUGUGAUUUCGAUGCGACAGCUAAAUGCCACAUAGCCACGGAGUAUUUCUCGCGCAGAUAGCUUCAGCAUUUCGCGCCGUGGUUAUGUCAGUUCCUUCGACGGAGAGGAGCUUUCGAUUGCUUGGGACGCCGCUCAGCUGGUGUUGCACCUACAUCGUCUUGUUUUUGGCAUUUUACAUGCGAAGCCAAGAGGAGCUUCCGCACGAUUUUCGUGCGGCUAUGAAGGCUGGCGCGCGACGGCGUGGUUGAUAAAAAAAAAGUUAAUGUAACGUAACGUGUGUCGGAAUCUCUAAUGUGCUUUGAAACGUAAAGAUAAAUGAUUAUUAAAUAAAAGUUAGAUUGGGCAUAUCUCCUUCGAACAGAUAA